UCUGUUUAUGUGUUUUCCCGCCCUGUGCGUCACUAGCUGUCUGACUGAUGGAUCUCAGCUAGCAAUGGAUGCUUACAUCAGCUGGCAGAGGCUUUGACAGAGGGGAUCUGGCUGGUUUGGAGACACAGUCCAGUUGGCAGAUAUGGUGAGGCACAGCGUGAUGGCCGAGUUGCAAGCCUUCCAGCACUCUCUCCAGGGUAAUUCCCUGGCUUUGGGCCAAGUAGGGCAGAGCUGUGGGGGGAUUCAGAAAAAUGGGAUCGCCACAGAGGAAAGACAGCUAACAGCAGAUUUUGAGAAAAGCCAGCCAGUGACCAUCCCAGAUGCAGCUAAAAGGAAGAAGAAGAAAAGAACGAGGGCAACAGACAGCUCCACAGGCACUUUUGAUGACCUCUACAAGCUGACAGAUGAGGUGCUUGGUCAGGGAGCAUAUGCUAAAGUUCAAGGAUGCAUAAGCCUGCAGAAUGGACAGGAGUUUGCUGUGAAGAUCAUAGAAAAAAGUGCAGGACACAGCCGCAGCAGAGUCUUUAGAGAAGUGGAGACACUCUACCAGUGUCAAGGAAACAGGAAUAUUUUGGAAUUGAUCCAGUUCUUUGAAGACAGCUCAUGCUUUUAUUUGGUAUUUGAAAAGCUGCGUGGAGGCUCCAUUCUCACACACAUCCAGAACCGAAAGCACUUCGAUGAGCUGGAGGCCAGUAAGGUGGUCAGGGACAUUGCCCAGGCACUUGACUUCUUACACACUAAAGGCAUUGCCCACAGAGACCUCAAGCUGGAGAACAUCCUUUGUGAAUACACUGAUCGAGUGUCACCAGUAAAGAUCUGUGAUUUUGACUUGGGAAGUGGAGUGAAGCUCAGCAGUGCCUGUACACCCAUAACAACUCCUGAGCUCACCACACCGUGCGGCUCGGCCGAGUACAUGGCUCCGGAAGUAGUGGAGGUGUUUACUGAUGAGGCCUCCUUCUACGACAAGCGCUGCGACCUUUGGAGCCUCGGGGUCAUUCUCUACAUCCUGCUGAGCGGAAGCCCCCCCUUCACGGGACACUGCGGCACCGACUGUGGCUGGGAUCGGGGAGAAACCUGCAGAACCUGCCAGAGUCACCUGUUCGAGAGCAUCCAGCAGGGCAAGUAUGAGUUUCCAGACAAGGACUGGGCUCACAUCACAGCGGGGGCCAAGGAUCUCAUAUCCAAGCUGUUGGUGCGGGACGCCACCCUGCGCCUCAGUGCUGCUCAGGUCCUCAAGCACCCUUGGGUGCAGGGGAACGCACCAGAGAGAGGUCUUCCAACUCCUCACGUUCUACAGAGGAACAGCAGCACCAAAGACCUGACCCAGUUUGCAGCAGAAGCCAUUGCCUUUAACCGGCAGCUAUCCCAGCACGACGAGCAGCAGGAGGACGUCGGAGCCAUCGUCUGCUCCAUGAGGCUCUCUCCUCCUUCCAACUCCAGACUGGCUCGUAGACGGGCGCAGUCCAACGCCUUGCGCACCAGGGACUUCGCACCGGCUUCAGACGACCUCGCAGCCUGAAGGAACCAGUACAAACCCCCUCGUCAUAUUCUGUGACUGAUUUUAGCCUCUGCCUGCUCCUUGUGUGUGUGUGUUUAUGUUUUCACAGGGAGCGUUGUAGAAUACACACAUCAUCAGAAGUGACUAACUGUUCCUGGUGUUAAAGCUCUUUCCCAUGGCCAGUAAUCUUAUCACCUAGACAGAGUUUGAGCACCAGGGGGACAGUUAAUCCUCGGCUACUGCCUCCUAAUUGAAAACAUAGUUGAAACUCCUGAGAUUUGUCCAGGAGACGUUUUAAGCUGCCUGAGUUUUAAACAAGGACUUUUUCAUCUGAGAGUAGCUUUGGGUUUUAAAAAUUCACAUGUAGUCUUCACAGAUUUAUUUAUGAUCACCCCAAAACAUCAGAAACCGCUCUUAAUGCCAGCAUUUUAUAUUACAGUAUUCAGUCAGUGCAUAUCAUAAUCAACACAGCAUUAUAUAGGUUCAGCACAGUUAUACAACUGUUGCUGUCCUGAUGCAAUAUUAUAUAAUUUUUAUAGGUUUUAUUUUUCUUGUCGUCCAACUGUGAAUUAGUUAAUAUUUUAUUUAAAUGCUACUUACUGCUUCUCAGUCAUUGGAGGAAAGGGAUGAUCUAAUUUUUUUUAAGCAUGUAUGUGUACGUGAUUUGAAGUGUGUGGAUGUAUGUGGUUUAGAUGAUUAAAAAUGGACUACACUUAGCGUUUUAAAGAGCAUAGGUAGAGCUUUCUCAUCAACAUAAGCUACCUGUAGCACUGAUGUACUUUAAGAUAAGCCACUUGUUAAAGGGAGAAUAUUGAAUCAGUAAAUCAUAAGUUUGGUCCAGCAAUGCAAACUGGACACCUGCAGAAAAUAUUUAGCUUUAAAGGGGGUUUAACUUUUUAUCCUCAUUAGAGUCCAACAUUACCUCAGGCUUUUUUUUUUUUCUUUUUGCACCACAUGUCUUUGCACGUUUUGUACUGUAAAAAAUGCAACACCAUCCCAAAAAGACUUAGUUUCUUAUUAGGUGUCUUAUUAAUUUGAUAUCUGAGAGUGUGUUCAGUCAGAAUAACUUGAAAUGUGAGAAUUGCAUUUAUUUUAGGAGGUACUAUGUACAGUGACUGAUGCAUUUUGUGAGUAGUUGAUGUUACACUUGAUCGUGAGAUAGAGGAUUCCACACUGGUGCUGAAGGAAUUUAUUUUUCUACAGGUGUUUGUAUAUUGUUCAGUUUUCUAUUUUUGGUUCUGUGAAUGUGCCUGUUGAAAGAAUGAUGGGCUAACCAAGCUAAGACUAAUCUGUCUUUGAUUUUCUUAGGUCCAUCAAUUUGCUGUUAUUUUCUUUCUGAUCUUGAUCCUUUCUUCUUUUUUUUUUUUUUUUUUGGAAAAGAAAUAGUUUCACUUUUUUAUUUGUUUCAUUCAUUGAGGACCCAGUAUGUGUUUGAAUGGGGCCACAAUGGCAGUCUAGCACUUCUAUCUCCCCCAACCUUGUUAAUUUUAUGUGUUGCCCGCUAAAUGACAUGUCCCCUGAUUUCACACUGUUGCCAUGGACACCCCAUCCCUAUAGCAACUAAGGGCCUUCAUAGGCUGGCAGGGGAUUGACAGAGGUUUGCUCAGAGCGAAUACACACAUUGGGAAACAACCACUUGGUAUGUUAAAGCUCUUUACUCCCAUUAUAAAUCAUAAAAGGACUUGUUUGUUUCCCUGCAUCAAACUUGUAAUGACAUUAAAUCAGAUACAGUAAUUGAUAUGCAAUUACAGAGGCCCAUAUGAAAUUUGUCAAAGCUCUUAUGGGGUCCUAUGCAUAAAGCUCUCGUUACAGGGCAUAUUUUCACUGGUAUGCUGUGUUCUCAAUAAACAACAUCCCUAACAUC